GAGACUACUAUAUUUUGACAGCUUCUCAGGUGAGACACCUCAUCCAGGAGCUGUUUCACUUUCUCUUGAGUUGCCGAACACACUCGCUGUGAGCCUGGGGUUGUUACACUCAAAAAACAAUCAUUUCAAGCCCAUACAUCACGGCACCAUGAGUAAAAAGAAAAAGGACUGGAGAACGGAGAAAGAACGCUUGCUCAAGCUAGGACUGGAGGAGCGACGCAAAGAGUAUCGUGGUAACUUUAUGUCUCUGGACAAGGUGCCCACAUGGAGGAAACACGAAAAGACUACAGGGAAAGGGGAAGACGAGGAGCAGAGAGCACCGUCCGUCUCCUUGAGCAACAAAGUGUCUCUGCACAAAGGUGACAUCACCAUCCUGGAAGUGGACGCCAUUGUGAAUGCCGCUAACUCCAGUCUACUGGGCGGCGGAGGAGUGGACGGCUGCAUACAUCGAGCGGCAGGCCCCUGUCUCUACGAGGAGUGCCACACGCUGAACGGCUGCGCCACGGGAAAAGCCAAGAUCACCGGCGGCUACGACCUCCCCGCCAAAUAUGUGAUCCACACGGUGGGACCCAUAGCCAGAGGACACCUGGGCUCUUCCCAGAGAGACGACCUUGAGGCCUGCUACAAAAGCUCCCUGCAGCUGGUCAAGGAGAAUGGCUUGCACUCUGUGGCCUUCCCCUGCAUAUCCACAGGAAUUUAUGGUUUUCCCAAUGAGCCUGCCGCGGAGAUCGCCUUAAAAACAGUCAGGUCCUGGAUCAGGAGGAACAGAGAUGAGGUGGACCGUGUCAUAUUCUGUGUCUUCCUGGAAACGGAUUACAAGAUCUACAAAGAGAAGAUGGCGGAGUUCUUCUCACAAGAUAACGAUAUGGAUGAGGACGGCAGUGACACACAGGGAGAUGAUGAUGAUGACGACGGGGUCGGCCCUGCGGAUGCAGACAUGAUCAGUCAGAAAGAGGAGGAAGAGGAGGAGGAGGAGGAGGAAGAGCAGGCCGAGAACAAAGAGGAGAACAGAGAUGUGGAGAUGGCCAGUCAGACCCAAGAUGAGGAGGAGGAGGAGGCGGUGCUGAAGGACCCAGGCAAGAGUGUGGAGCUGAAGAAGGACAGAGACAAAGAGAAGAACACAGCUACAGGCACAGCAUCAGAGGGUUCAGCUGGAGAGGCAGGAGGAGGUGCAGGAGGAGGCGCAGGUGCAGCGGAGAGUAAAACGGAGGGAGAGAAGCAGGAGCAGAAGAAGGAGGACCAGCAGCAGGAGGAGAAGGAGGAGGAGGAGGAGAAGGAGGAAGAGGAGGAGAUGGAGAAGGAGGAAAAGGAGAGAGGAGGCGCAGGGGAGCCUGCAGCUGUGGAUCGGGAGGGCAGCUCUGAGCAGCCAGAGAAGAAGAGUCCAGGGGUGCCAGAGGACAAGAUCGGAAAGGGCUCCCCCAAGGUGAGAGCUCCACUGGCGGAACAGGAAGAGGACGUGGGCACGGACGUAGACAUGGACGCAGACGGAGAUGAUGCAGAGCCAGGUGACCCCCCAGCUCCCAAGGACAGUGGCACCGGCACCGCUGAAGCUCAGGGUGAGGACUCCCAAGAACCUGAAUUAACUCAAACAGACAGCAAUCAGUCCAAAGACGAAGCCUCCGCGCAGAAGAAGGAACCACCGAGGAAGGAAUGAAACGACAAUCAUCCUCAGAAUGACAGCCGGCAAACUGUGUGAAGGCACACACACACACACACACACGCACACACACACACACACACACACCACACCACACCACACCACACCACACCAACUCUGCACCACAUUGAGCAAAGCCCAGGCCCAUGCUUCCAAAUCACACACACACACACACAGUCUUACACCACACCACACCAACUCUGCACCACACUGAGCAAGGUCCAGGCUCAUGCUUUUAAA